GAUUGGAGUACGUUUGCCUCUCACAUGUACUGUGAAGUCUCCCGAUGUGAGUUCAAUUGAAGGUCGUAAAAUUAUGCUCAAACCAAUUAUCGACUCCCUCCCAUUUAUCGUGAGUAAUUCUUGCAGAUCGGAGUUCCAGAAGAAGAUUAACAUACUCCAAAUAAUUGAAGAAGCGUGGAAAAAAGACUUUAAAGUUACCAUUGUUCAAAAAACUGCGUCAAAAGCUGAAAUUUCCUCUCACAGUGAUGCAAUUGAGACUGACAAUUUAAAUGAUUUAAUGAAAAAACUGCAGAUUAAAGAUAUAUCAGCAGCAACUCAACUUCUCAGCGUUCCUCAAAAACGGAGAUUAGUUGAGCCUGACCUCACCGAUUUGACACUGCUUGCAUGUACGGCACUGGAAGAAGAGUGCCAGGAAUUUGUUGAUACUCUUGAUAAUUUGCAGAGAUUAUGGAGUCAGCAACAAUUAAUAUCAAUUGAAGUAACAGAAUGUACUGCCUCAUGCUUGGAAAGUACACCUCUGCUCAACUUGAAAAUCCCACAAUCUUAUCGAGAUGAUAACGACUUUUCUGAACCAGAUGGAGACAAUCUGUCAGGACUUUCUAAUAUUCACUCUCCCAAGUCAGUCAAAAUUAAAGGAAAACCCCGAUUAGGUAUGAUUACUACUCCAGUGCAGUCGAGAAGGAAGAAGCUGCCUGUUCCAUUCGUUCAACGAACACAGUUGCAACAAAUACAAGAAAUGUUGACUUGGUUGAUCAACCAAGACUUGGUGAUGAACGUCCUCGACUCAAAGUAUUGUAUUAAAAAAACCGACUUGAACUUAGGAAUUUAUAAUUUAAGAGAUUCGUUUCAUACUGUAAAUAUUCAGUUAAUCUAGAAGUAUUUUGCGAGGAAUGCAUUCUUGGCACUUGAAAAAGCCGUUAGUGAAAAAAAAAAAGAGUGGUGCGAAAACUUGUAACACUUGUCGACGAGUUAAUACCCACGUAUCACGAGAUUGGUUAUCCUGUGUCUCUUGUUUACUCUUUUAUCAUUCUCAGUGCGUUGAAAUCGACAGUAGGAAACGUAAAACUAUGUGGUUUUGUUCAGCAUGCAUAAAAAAAGGAGGUAAAACAAAUUAUUCUCGAUUGUAAUUCCACAUUUCUAAUUUUUUUCACUGAAAUCUUCAGCUGAAAUCACGUGCAUAGCCAUGAGCUCAUUUAUCAAAAUUCAAAAUCAAGAGAUAGUAGUUGUUGAUCAACAGGAUAUCAGCAAUAUUUAACGUGCAUCUUAAGGAUUGAAGGAUUUGAUGUAUAUGUGGCAUAUCGCGUUUAAUAUCAUAUUUUGUUGCUGUCAGGUGAAAAAUAAUCAUUCAUGUCAUUCAAUAUGCAAUUAUCUUGGAAAUUAGUGAUUGUAGGACAACAUGUAAAAAGACUUUUUGUAGGAAAUUUUAUCGUCUACACAAAAGGUCUGUUUAUAUUUCCUCGUACUAUUCCUUAUUACCGUGAUAAUUGCAUAACUCACGGAUGCAUGAAAGUCGAUUUAUAGUGGAACAUAAUAUGAUGUUUUUUAUAUAUACGAAAUAAUCUUGGUAAUGUGUGAUUUUUCGAGAAAAUGUCAAAACGAUUUUCUUGUCGCUGAAGGAAUUUCCAACAAAUUAUGUAUCUUUACAUUUUUUCCUAUAGUCAGUCAUUAUCGAGAUAAUUAUAAAAUUACAGAAUAUGCCAAAUUUAAUUCAUCACGGUUUUUACAUCAUUACAGAAUUUCUCAUAUUCAAUCGUCAGUCACUCCAAUUUGGGAGAGUGAAUAUUCGAAAAUUUAAUUUAAUUUCCAGGUUCUUCUAUGCUAUCAAAAAUAAGAUAUUAUUUAUCAAAAUCGUACGAUU